GCCAUGGCGGGGAAAAAAAUGGCAUUCCGCACCGAUGCCUACCGGUACGAUAACGAUGCCGAAGGGAGAAAGACAUGACAAUAAUAUUAUGCAAAAUAUUGCAUCUGUUUACGAUAGAACAAGACCUCAUUGAACGAAAGGGAGAAUCGUUGUAAAAUGAAGUUACCAACAACCAGGGCAGCCAUACAUGGCAUAGCUCUGCACUCGGUUGUUUUUGUCACAAUCUGUUACAACUUGCUAUGGCUGCUGAACUACGGUGCGAGGGACGCCGGAGAUGCCGACCAGAAACUGAGCGUCGAAUUAAGAAAGGACCGAGUGAGAUGGCCCGUGACGUCGAUUGAAGAGAGCCACCAUCGCGGUUCGCGGGGCCAAAACAUUGCCGUGGUUCACAUGGGGCCACAAAAAACGGGUUCAACGUCCAUCCAGUCAGCGUCUGCUUUGUAUGCGGAUCAACUCAAGGAAGACGGUUACGAAAUGCCGUGGCCGAAAUACCCCCGUAAGGAUGUGAUGCAUUACCCAAAUAUCGACCAAAACGUGGCUCGUUUCGCAACCUGUUUCUUGCCACCCCCAAAACGAGAAGAYCGGUAUGCUUGCAUCCAGGAAUUGCUGUUCUCCAGCGCUCAAAUUGCAGAGCGAGGGAACAAUCUUUURAUAUCUGCCGAGCACUUUGAUGGCAUAGACGCGACAGGUCUCGACGCCCUGUCGUCAUUUCUGUCGUACUGGGACUCARCGACCGUCAUCAUCUAUUACCGCCGCUUGUACGAUUGGAUUCAUUCGUUUUACAAUCAGCACGUGAAAUUUAGAACGUUCGACGAUUUCGGUCUGAGUGGACCGCGCUUGCGAAAGUGGGAAUUCACCUUUCACCAUUAUCUCRAAGAACAUUGGUUGGUCACUGUUCCGCCGGAGUAUAGCGCGUAUGUAAUCUCUAGGGUGAGGGAGCAAUACGGGCACGACGAUACCAAAAACAUCGUUGUCAUGGACUUUCACAACAAAGAAGUUGACAUAGCAGAGGCCUUCUUCUGCAACGCUAUACCAAACGCUACGCAUACGUGCAACGCCAUCCGCAAUGCGACAGCGCGUGCAAGACACAACCAAGGAGAGUUCCUUCACUACGGAGAUCUUGCCUAUGCAGCCCACAAGACCAACAUUAUGAACAUAACGUCCCACGAACACAUGAUGAAAGUCACGGAGAAGAUCAAGAUGCACUAUGAAAAUACACUCGGGCGGACCCGGAAGGAUUUCAAACAAAUCUGUCUCCCGGAGAAGCUUUCUUCGCUGUUAUGGAGCAAAACUGUGGRGUACGAGAAGCAAAUYUUCGGGGACGGAGCACAGGCACGUCUUGCGGAUCUGAMGUCCGAUUUCGAACGCCAGAGCGCUUCCGCCUUGUGUGUCGUGGACAUCAACGCAACAAUGCAGGAGGAAGAAUGGCUGUCAUUUUCGAAAACACUGCGAURAUAUGCAAUGGUCUUUCGACUUUGUCUUCUAUGCAAUGGGCCUAUAACUGCCUUUACAAUGUUCCAGCUGAAUUUUUCGAUCUUCCGAUAAAGAACAGAGCGAGUCUUCUAGCGUAGGAUCCGAAAGGAGUUGUAGCAACUAUCUGUGGAAGUGAUCGCAUCCGCGCGCUAAUUGACCUCAUACUGUUCAUCUCGACUAGACCUUCAUCUCGAGUAGACCCACCAAAUAUGGGUUCGUGUUGUACCAAGUACUAAGUAGAAUGAAGAACUAGAAUGCUGGUACUGAGAAUUUGAACAUUACUUCUUCAACCCCCCGGUUUGUUGAACAUUUUCUUUGACUGAUUUUUUUUCCUUUCUGCUUACGAGUCUGCCUGUGCAUGACAGAGGACGCGCAUACCAAGGCGAGACUGAUGAUACUACUACUAUUAAUGCUAUUAGUACUACGACAACUAAAGUACUAGUUCUUACUGCUAUUGAUGUUGAUGUCGCUUUUGCUGUUGCAGUAGUACUACUAUUAGUAGUACUAGUAUCUUCUUGCAGCAGCAGCAUUUCAUCAGAACGAUCCAUGAAAAGUACAAGAAAUAUAGUGCCUUACAGCAUCACCAACAAAUCUAUUCCUCUCAAGAAUUUCAAUUUCAACCACCAAAUCUUUUGUUCCUAGUACCGUACUAGUAGUAGCUAGUAUCAGAUACUCUGCAUUACGAGUGCGAGGUACGUAACAUACGAGUGGACCGUGCUAAACGUACAGUUCUCGUGCCGUUCCCGUUCUCCUAAUAAACAGUUUUCGUAAUU